AUGGCACAAGGAGGUAGUUCAGAGAAAUCACAAGGAGGUAGUUCAGAGAAAUCACAAGGAGGUAGUGCAGACAAAUCACUCAUUUCCAAGCUGCCGCGGCGGAGCAAGAAGAAGGGCAAUCAACGUCAGAUACCAUGGCUCUACGAUUUGGUCCUGUGGGCGUUGUCGGUGUUGAUAGACCUCUUUUUUCGAGAAGUACACCCUCGAGGAGCCUGGAAGGUCCCUAAGAAGGGCCCGGUCAUUCUCGUGGCAGCGCCACAUGCAAAUCAGUUCAUUGAUUCCUUGAUCUUGAUGAGGAUCCUCAAAACCGAGGCCAAUAGACGGAUCUCAUAUUUGAUUGCAGAAAAGUCUACAAAGCGGAUGUUCAUUGGGUUUAUGUCGGCCGCAUCAGGCGCCAUUUCCGUUGGCAGAGCUCUCGACAAGGUCAAGCCCGCAAAGGGCAAGAUCUAUCUUCCGGAUCCAGAGAAUGAUCCCACUCUGAUCCGUGGCAUCGACACGGACUUUAAAAAUGCCGAUUUCGAAGUGGGUGGCUUGAUCGUCCUGCCCAAGAAUAGGGGGCAAACACCCAGCACCGACAUCGCCGAGAUCCUCUCUCCUACGGAGAUUCGCCUCAAGAAGCCUUUUAAAUCGCCCGAAGCAUUAGAGUGCCUGACUAGCACCGGCCCCAGCGAUCCUGGCACGGCGGCUGCAGGCACAUCCGAACAGAAACAUUCGGAACAACGCGGCUGCUCUUUCAAGGUUGCACCAUACGUUGACCAGACAAAAGUUUACAACGCAGUCUUCGAGGAGCUGGAGGCCGGAGGCUGCAUUGGCAUCUUUCCUGAAGGGGGCAGUCAUGACAGACCGGAUCUGCUGCCGCUGAAAGCAGGCGUGGCCAUCAUGGCACUCGGGGCGGAGGCCAACUAUCCAGGGUGCGGUGUUAAGAUCAUCCCCAUUGGUAUGAAUUACUUCCACGCCCACAAGUUUCGGUCGAGGGCGGUGAUCGAAUUUGGCCAUCCGAUCGAGGUCCAUCCCGACCAAGUCGAAGCAUACAAGGCCGGGGACCGAAGGAACGCCGUCGGCUCACUCCUGGAGACAGUCUAUCAAGGCCUAGUUGCCGUGACGCAAUCAUGUCCUGACUACGACACUCUGAUGUUGGUUCAGGCUGCCAGGAGAUUGUACAAUCCUACUGGAAAGAAGUUGCCCUUGCCAUUGGUGGUGGAGCUCAACAGGCGCCUUGUCAAAGGCUAUACGAAGUACAAGGAUGACCCACGAGUGGUGGAGCUGAAACAGGAUGUCCUCGAUUAUAAUCGCCAGCUUCGAGCCCUUGGAAUUAGAGAUCAUCAACUCGAAUGGGGCAAUCCAGCAAAACGGCCUCGGUGGUACAUUCUCGGCACGCUGAUCUACCGCCUCGGCCAGCUUUUGAUCUUGGGUAUGGGCACUCUGCCGGGCCUGGCCAUGUUCUGGCCCGUCUUUGUCACCACCAAAGUCAUUUCAGCCAAGAAGUCUCGCGAGGCGCUCGCAGCUUCGACGGUGAAACUUGAAGGCCGCGACGUGAUCGCGACAUGGAAGCUGCUCGUCGCCAUGGCCUUCGCCCCGGCCCUGUACAUAUAUUAUACCGUCAUCGUCUCGUUUUGGUUGACUUACAAUCGACGCGGCAGCUACUACACCCACCGCGUGCCCUGGUGGAUGGUUGCCCGGACAUACGUACCCGACUUCCUUCCAAUCUGGCUCUUCGCCAUUCUCUUCUUUAUCUUGUGUAUUGGCGUCACUUUCGCGGCGCUACGGAUCGGCGAGAUUGGCAUGGACAUCGUCAAAUCCCUGCCUCCGCUGUUUGUCGCGUUGAAUCCUCGUUCAUCCAGCCGCAUCGUCCAACUUCGACACCGGCGGGAAAGAUUGUCUGCAAAGGUGACGGAGGUCAUCAAUACCCUCGGCCCAGACAUCUUCCCUGACUUUGAUGCAAAGAGAAUCGUGGCAGAUCCUUUCAGGGAAGGCGCCUAUCAAUCCAAGUAUAAAAAGAUGCCCGAGGAACCGAGAUUGGCCGAUUCGGUCGAGCCGCCAACGCCAACAUCUGGCGGCUUCGACGAUACCGCAGAGUCGGCGAAAUCCUUCGGCUUCCUACCAUCGAAUGAAUCCUUUGGUAAUAUCGGUGGAUUCGGAUUCUUUGCAUCCAGACCUACGACACCCAAAAGCCGGAGCCGGAGCCGGAGCAGUUCAGCGGGAGGAGCGCUUAGUUCUGGUCUGAAGCCACUCAAGGCCUUGAAUGACGGGCCGAGCGUCACGAGCCUUGACGAGGUCAGCAAGCGGAUCCGAGGCGCAAUGCGUGAGAGAGGUCGCAAACGCGAGAGUGAAGGCGUGGAGACUGGGACCGAGAGUAGCUGGGAUAUGGCUUCAGAGGGACAGGUGACGCCCCCGACGGAAGAUGAGGAACCCAAGAAAGAUCGGUGA